GAAAGGCUGCUAAGCAACACAACACUGCAAAUCAAGCUUUUCAUUCCAAUAAUUACUGACCUUUGAUGCUUCAAAGAAAGUUCUGAAAGCAGAGACAGAUCAUCGAUUGAAAAAAAAUAUUUUGGGCCCACUUUGUUUGCUCUGGGGACGACCUUUCUCCGGUUAUACUAUAUAAGUUCACACCAUCACAGUAUUUCAUGAAGUCUACCCACCAUAAUCCUGGUACCAAAUCGAGAACACAAUGUGCUAUUAUCUAGGAAUGCGCUGGGAAUCCUGCCCAGAUGGCUAUCGCGAGUGUCGCAGCGCUUUCAAUUGCACCUAUGGUACUAUGAUGCAUCCUUGUGGAGUAGCUUCCAAUAAUUUCGUCUACGUACAAUCAUUGACCGAGUGUCCUUGUCCAAACUGCAGGUUUCGGAGUUACCGGACGGCCCGCACCGCCAGUAGCCCGGGGGAUCUGGGUGGAGAUUCUGGAGGAAGUGGAAAUUCUGAGGCUGUAAGUUCUGAAAGUGAAGAUUGUGGUUGUGGAGAUGGGUGGGGUGGAGACUGUGAUUGUAGAAGUGGAGUUUUUGGGGGUACAGGGCGUAGGGUCUCGGGGAGUAGGGGAGGAACUGGAAGAGGUGGAGUUGAAAGGGGAGGAACUAGAAGGGGUGGAGUUGGAAGGGGCGGAACUAGAAGGGGUGGAACUGGAAGGGGUGGAGGCCGUGCAGGUAGAAGCUCAUCCGAUCCAGUCCGACAAAACCCAGAAAUUUCUGACCGACACAACGACAGCAAUGGGGGACAGAACAGCGGUCCCCAUACAUCUCAGACAGUCCAGGGUUCAAGUAGACAAGUCAACGGAACUCAAAACAGAUGGAGUACUAGGGGCUUGUUCAGUUUGUAAUCAUAGCCAAGUCACUGGUCAGAUACACAGGGCAAAGGUGCUUGAGUGAAGAUUAUGGAGCACAUAAUUGAGGAAGGUAUUUGAUUGAAUGAUCGCCCCUAUCA